AUGUCCCAAGACAGCGCCCUCUCAAUUGCAGCCAGUAUCACUGGUAUUCUCACGUUUGUUGGCGCCGUCAUGGCCGGUUUCUAUGCUCGAGCCCUCAGUCUCCGAAACGCCAUCGACACCCAAGCCGAAGUCUCACGGGCGCUGGAUGAGAUGGAUUUCCUGGAAACCGAGACAAGUAUGCUAAAUAAUGCAUAUCUUGCCGCUCAAAUCCGUCAGCCAGAUAGAAAAUACGGGAGUGGUGAUUUCAAAUAUUUCCAAGCCUUGUACAAGCAGAGCUUGGAGAGAAUGCAAACGAUGGAUCGAGGUUUGAGUGAAAGUGCUGCGGCUGUGACUGGUGGGAAUAGUUACCACAAAGUAUCUCGCGUCAAAUCAGCAGCUGGGUGGAUGGCGAAUCGUGAGAGGAUUCAGAUGGCCAUUGUGGAGAGGAAGGCUGAAAGUCAUCGCAUUUUUCAGAUUCAACUGGCGAUGCUAUCUGCAAAAAUUGAUGAAUUAUCCUACCAUCAAAACCAUCAUAAUCAUAAUUGUACCGUCUCAGGUGAGGAGAUCGAUAAUUUGCAUAAGUCAAUUGACCAUCGGAGCAAACGACUCAAGCGGGCGUCAACAAUUGAUAGCAGUUCUGUUUCAAGCUCGGAGAACAUCAAAUCGGAUAUUAUAUCUUCACCGCCGACGAAAGGCGGAAAUGUACUGAGUGUGUUAGAGGUUGAGCCGGAAGAGAUCAUGAGAAAUAGCUCCGAGCAGGGGCAAUCAUCAACAACAGAUCUAUCACACAUAACGUCUGAUCUUCCAAGAAAGACGCAAUCGGAAUCAACAAAUCCAACCCGGGCCAUCAAGUCUCCAAACCCGCCCUCAAACCUAUCACACAUAACGCCAAUUCUUCCAACUAAGACGCAAUCAGCGACAAUGAAUUUAUCAAAAGCUAUCCAACCGCCAAAUUCAUCCUCAAGUUCCGACGAGGAGACAAUCUUGAAUUCGACCUCCGAUCCACGCUCAAGUUCUGAUGAAGAUACAGCCUCAGAUUCCACCUCAAACUCCGGAUCAGAACCCACCUCACCCUCGCAAACCACCUCCCCCACAACCUCAAAAUCCAGUCUCAAUCCACUCUUUUCACACCUGCCACCUUCAAAAGAACCACCACCCCCCGCAAACUCAGUAACCCUCUUCCACUCCCCCUCCCUCACUCACCCUCUCCGCAUCAUCCUCACCGCACCCCCCGGCGAAUACCCUCUCCGCCUCCCAAAACCACACCACAAACGGCCCUCGCUCGCCCGUAAAAUGGAUCAUGAGCGCUUGAUCCCGCCUAGUCUGGCGGAUGUGGAGUGGAAACGCCAGGAGAUGGCGAGGGUUAGGGCGUUUAUGGUGGAGUUUAUGGCGGGCAGGGAGUGUAGGGAUGAGGAGUUGAGGGUUGUGGAGGAGGCUUAUGGGGAGAUUUCGAGGGAGGAUAUGAGCAGGAGGAGGGAGGGGGAGGUGAAGAGGGGGAUGGAGAGGAGGAGAAGGCAGGAUGAUAAAAGAAGGUCCUCGCAAUCAUCAUGGAACGCGCCUAUGAUCGCACCACCACCACGCACGUCCUGCAAAACACCCUCCUCAUCCUCGCUAUCCCCCUCACCCUCCCCAUCUUCUUCACGCAGUUUCUACAAACAAGGCCCCCUCACAUCCAGCACCUCCGUCUGCACCAUCGACUCUGGUUCCGCAUCCACACACUCAUUCAAUAACGGCUCUACACACUCAUUUCAUUCAUUCCAUUCAUUUCAUUCCUCUACGUCCCUUUCAACGACAGAUCCAUCUCGCACGCCUCAGAAGCAAAAACGCAAAAGUUUCCUUUCGUCAUGGAGGAGGGAGAAGACUGGUGGUGGGUAUGCGGGGAUGAGGAGAGCAGUUGUUUGUUAA